GGAAUCGCAUUCCCACUCGCAAGCCCGCCCUCUUUUGUUGUGUGACACGCGUCUUCGAUCAUCAAAGUCUCUGGCUGACCGUCAGCUUCGUCCGCACAAUUGCCAGGUUGGUUCCUCAAAGGACCACAGGACUGUUUGGCGACAACACCAUGUUCCAGACUCGAAGCAAUAUUAUGGUUGGCGGAUCCGCUGUUGGCCAGAAGCGGCCACGCUCGUAUACCCCCGUCUCAGAUGAGCCCCAGACACCUGCAAAGCGUGUCGCAUACGAGCCGAAGACCCCGUCAUCCUCACUGACCCCCAAGCAAAGAAGCAAGCGUAUGCAAGCUAUCAAGGCAGGACUCGCUGCUGCGUCUAUCACUCCUACCAAACGCGGAGAACGCGCCUCUUCCGGCUUGUCAGGACGGUCCGCAGGCUCGCUGAAACCCACUAUUGACCGCGGCCCUUAUUACCCGCCGUUCAAUGACCACUUUGGUAGUGUCAACGAAAGAUUACCUGAUGCACGCUCUGCAUCGUCUUCAACCGCAGCGAAAACGCUACAAGACGAGAUAGACUCGGAAGAAGAAUUCUGGACUUCUCCCCCGCGACCUGUUGCGCGACUGCCCAGAGGAGAGUUCUCAGCUGCUGGUUAUAGACCAGGCAAUGCCAGCAAGUCCGAGUAUGCACGCAACGCUAUGCUGACACCGCCUCAAAGCAGCCCUGUCCGGGAUACUCACCUUGAUUCGCCGUCGUCGUCGUUCCAAGUGUCCGAACUCUUACAAGAGGAUCCAGAUCCCCAAGAAAGUUCAGGAUCGGCUCUGAACGGACAUGCAGGAAUUUUCAAGAGUGAUUCUGAGAACCCCUUCGAUGUCCGAGCAUCACCUGCCAGAGGACAGUCAGAUGACUAUGUGAUUUCCUCCGGUAUGCAGCACAAAACUGUGCGCGAGCACCUCGCCGCGCUGAGCAUCCUUCCCGACCAAAUUGAGAAGCUGGAAAGAAAGCAAAGAACUGCUGAACAGAGUGCGCACAAGAAGCAGGAGCGAAUCCAUGAAUUGGAAAUCCAAGUUCGAGACCUUGAAGCCCAGGUAAUGCAGCUAGAUAAGAAGUGCAGCAACCAAGAAGCAGUCAUUCAACAUUUGAAGACCCUCAUAAGGGCGGAAAGUGCCAGCGCACUGUGAUGUCUGAGUGGAAUGCGCACACAAUUACCAAAGGGCCCGUGUAACAUGCUUGUAGUUGUAUAUUUGUGAAUCGAUGUAGUGGCUG